GAGAGCUGAGCAACCCGCUCCAUGCACUGCUCUGACAUUCCCUUCAGUUCCCAUCCAAGGACACACCCACAUCCUUACAUAACAAGGACAGCUACUCCACCCGAUGAUCUCAGGUGCUCUUAAUAUCAGAGGAAAAAGAAUUGCUUCCAAGUGUACCAUGGCGUGGUGGAAGGGCUGGCGUGAUGAAGAUGGCAGUUCAGUGAGAGGCACCCUGAGCUUUGACCCCACACCUGAUGCCCAAGUUUUGUAUAAAGCCAUGAAAGGACUGGGGACAGACGAACAGGCUAUAAUCGACGUCCUCACCAAAAGGAGUAAUGCACAGCGUCAACAGAUUGCCAGAUCAUUCAAGGAACAGUUUGGAAAGGAUCUUAUUGCCAGCUUGAAGUCUGAACUGAGUGGCAAGUUUGAGAGGCUCAUCGUAGCCCUUAUGUACCCACCAUUCAAAUACGAUGCCAAGGAAUUACAUGAUGCCCUGAAGGGUCUAGGAACAAGUGAAGGUGUCAUUAUAGAGAUCCUGGCAUCACGGACAAAAGUGCAAAUUAAAGAAAUAAUCAAAGCUUACAAAGAAGAAUAUGGUACUAACCUGGAAGAGGACAUCAAAUCGGACACAAGUGGCUACUUUGAGCGGAUAUUGGUUUGCCUCCUUCAGGGUGAGAGGGAUGAUCCAAGAUGCUAUGUGGAUUCAGCGAUGGUGCUUCAGGACGCACAGGCUCUUUACGCUGCUGGGGAGAAGAUACGGGGCACUGACGAGAUCCAAUUCAUCACCAUCCUGUGCACCAGGAGUGCCACCCACUUGCUGAGAGUCUUUGAUGAAUACCAGAAGCUCGCCAGUAAAAGCCUAGAAGACAGCAUCCAAAGUGAAACCCACGGCUCGCUAGAAGACGCCAUGCUGGCUAUUGUGAAAUGCACGAGGAACAUCCACAGUUACUUUGCAGAGCGGCUGUACCAUGCCUUGAAGGGGGCAGGCACUUGUGAUGGGACCCUCAUAAGGGUCAUCGUUUCCAGGUGUGAAAUUGACUUAAAUCUCAUCAAGGCUGAGUUCCUAAAGAUCGCAGGCAAAUCCCUCUCCACCAUGAUUCUGGAGGACACGAGUGGUGAUUACAAGACAGCCUUGCUGAAUCUCUGUGGCAGUGAUAAAUGAAGAAAUCUGAAGGGAAAAGGCAAGAUGUUGAAAUGGAGGCACGGAAAACGAAGUGUCUGGGAAUGGAUGUCUAGAAAAUCCCUAGCACUGAAUAAAUAGAAAAUGGAAAAUCUGC